AUGGCCCUGGCCUUGUGGGUCUUCAGUCUGCUGGGCUCAGCCUGCUCGGUGUCGGCCAACAUCUUCGAAUACCAGGUGGACGCCCAGCCCCUGCGUCCUUGCGAGCUGCGGAGGGAGGAGGCCUUUGUGAAGGGAGCAGACCACGUUCCUCAGUGCGCAGAAGAUGGAAGCUACCAGACAAUCCAGUGUCAGAAUGAUGGGGGCUCCUGCUGGUGCGUGGAUGCGGACGGCCGGGAGGUGCCGGGCAGCAGGCAGCCUGCUCGGCCCGUGGCCUGUCCGUCGUUCUGCCAGAUGCAGAAGCAGCGGAUCUUGCUGAGCGGCUACAUGAACGGCACGACCACGGCCUACUUCCCCCAGUGUCAGGAUUCGGGGGAUUACGUGCCCGUGCAGUGCGACCUGGGGCGGGACCAGUGCUGGUGUGUGGAUGCAGAAGGGAUGGAGGUGUACGGGACGCGCCAGCCGGGGAGGCCGACUCGGUGUCCCAGGAGCUGUGAGAUAAGAAACCGCCGUCUCCUCCACGGGGUGGGAGACAAGUCACCACCGCAGUGUUCUCCAGAUGGCGGGUUCAUGCCUGUCCAGUGCAAGUUUGUCAACACCACGGACAUGAUGAUUUUUGACCUGGUUCAGAGCUACAACAGGUUUCCAGAUGCAUUCGUGACCUUCAGUGCCUUCCGGAGCAAGUUCCCCGAGGUGUCUGGGUAUUGUCACUGUGCGGACAGUCAAGGGCGGGAGCUGGCUGAGACAGGUUUGGAGCUGUUACUUGAUGAAAUUUAUGACACCAUUUUUGCUGGCCUGGACCUUGCUUCCACCUUCGCCGAAACCACCCUGUACCGGAUACUGCAGAGACGGUUCCUCGCGGUUCAGCUCGUCAUCUCUGGCCGAUUCCGAUGCCCCACAAAAUGUGAAGUGGAGCGGUUCACAGCGAGCAGCUUUGGUCACCCCUACAUUCCGAGCUGCCACCGCAAUGGGGGCUACCAGGCAGUGCAGUGCCAGCGGGGAGGGCCAUGCUGGUGUGUGGACGCCCGAGGGAAGGAGAUCCAUGGAACUCGGCGGCAAGGCCAACGGCCAUCUUGUGCUGAAGAUCAAUUCUGUACCUCAGAGAGGAGGCAGGCCCGGUCUAGACUACACUUUGGGCCCUCGGGCUACUUCAGCCAGCACAGCUUGUUCUUGGCUCCCGAGGGAAGGCAGGUGUCUCCGAGAGUAGCCAGAUUUGCCACCUCCUGCCCACCCUUGAUCAAGGAGCUCUUUGUGGACUCUGGGAUUCUCCACCCAAUGGUAGAAGGGCAGGAUAAACAGUUUUCUGCCUCAGAAACUGUCCUCAGAGAAGCCAUUGGAGCGAUUUUUCCCUCCCGAGAGCUGGCUCGUCUUGCCCUUCAGUUUACCACCGACCCAAAACGCCUCCAGCAAAACCUCUUUGGAGGGAAAUUUUUGGUGAAUGUUGGCCAGUUCAACUUGUCUGGAGCCCUUGGCACAAAAGGCACAUUUAACUUCAGUCAAUUUUUCCAGCAAUUUGGUCUCCCAGGCUUCCAGAAUGGAGGGACCGAUCUAGCCAAGCCCCUCUCCUUGGGAUUUGAUUCAAAUCCUGCCGCAGAACCUCCUGAAGCCUCUAAGAAGGGAGCUGCUAUGAAUAGGCCGAUUGUGGGCAGCUUUGGCUUUGAGAUCAACUUGCAAGAGAACCAAAAUGCCCUGACAUUCCUUUCAUCUCUCCUGGAGCUUCCAGAAUUCCUUCUCUUCUUGCAGCAGGCUCUUUCGGUGCCAGAAGACAUAGCAAGGGAUCUAGGUGACGUGAUGGAAAUGGUGCUCAGCUCCCAGGGCUGUGAGCAGACACCCGGCAGCCUUUUCGUCCCACUGUGCUCGGCAGAAGGAAACUACGAGGAUGUCCAGUGCUUUGCUGGAGAGUGCUGGUGUGUGGAUGCCCGGGGCAAAGAACUUGCUGGCUCCAGGGUUAGAGGUGCACGGCCCAGGUGCCCCACAGAGUGUGAGAAGCAAAGGGCUCUCAUGCAAAGCCUUUCGGGCAGCCUGCCUGCUGGGGCCAGCCUGUUUGUCCCUUCUUGCAGCAGCGAGGGGCAUUUCCUACCCGUCCAGUGCUUCAACUCAGAGUGCUACUGUGUGGACGCCGAGGGUCAGGCUAUUCCUGGAACUCGAAGUGUGCCCGGAGAACCCAAGCAAUGCCCCACACCCUGUCAGUUACAGGCCGAGCAAGCCUUCCUUGGGGCAGCGCGGGCCCUGGGCUUGGACUCCAGUGCGCCACCCUCCUUCUCCAGCAGCUACAUCCCACAGUGCAGCCCCAGCGGGCAGUGGAGGCCCGUGCAAUGCGAUGGGCCCCCUGAGCAGGCCUUCGAGUGGUACGAGCGAUGGGGGGCCCAGAACAACGAUGGCCAGGAGCGGACCCCUGCUGAGCUGCUAAGGAAGAUCUUGAGCUAUCGAGAAGCAGCUUCCAGAAGCUUCCGUCUCUUUAUUCAAAGUCUGUAUGAGGCUGGCCAACAGGGCAUCUUCCCAGGGCUGGCGAGAUACUCUUCUUUCCAAGAUGUCCCACUGGCCGUGAUGGAAGGCAACCUGACCCAGCCUGGGGGGAACGUCCUCCUGGAGCCCUACCUCUUCUGGCAGAUCCUAAAUGGCCAGCUCAGCCGAUACCCAGGGCCCUACUCCGACUUUAGUACUCCUUUGGCACACUUGGACCUUCGGAGCUGCUGGUGUGUGAGUGAAGUUGGUCAAGAACUGAAAGGCACGCGGACAGCGCCGGGCAAGGUCCCAGCAUGUCCUGGCUCUUGUGAGAAGGUGAAGCUUCAUGUCCUGCAGUUCAUUAAGGAAACGGAAGAGAUUGUCUUGGCUUCCAACAGUUCUUGGUUCCCUCUGGGAGAGAGUUUCCUAGCGGCCAAAGGAAUCCGGCUGACCGACAAGGAGCUCUCCCUUCCUCAACACUCUCCAUCCCGGGAGACUUUCACAGAGAAGUUUCUGAGUGGGGACGAUUAUGCCAUUCGUCUGGCAGCUCAGUCUACCCUUGACUUCUAUCAAAGACGCAGCUUUGUCCUGGGGGAUUCUACACGCGCGGCCGCCCUUCUGCGGCCCGGCCCCUACGUGCCCCAGUGCGAUGCGUGGGGAGGCUGGGAGACUGUGCAGUGCCAUGCUGGGACCGGCUACUGCUGGUGUGUGGACGGGAAGGGAGAAUACGUCCCCACCUCGCUGACUGCCCGCUCCCCACAGAUCCCCCAGUGCCCCACCGCCUGUGAGACAUCUCAAGCCAGUGGGCUGCUUUCCAGUUGGAAACAGGCUGCAUCCCAGGGAAACCCAUCUCCAAAAGACCUGUUCAUCCCCACCUGCCUAGAGACAGGAGAGUUUGCCAGGCUGCAGCAGUCGGAGGCCGGCAGCUGGUGUGUGGACCCGGCCUCGGGGGCGGGCAUGCCACCCGGCACGAACAGCAGCGCCCCAUGCCCGAGCCUCUGUGAAGUACUCUCGAGUGGGGUCCUGUCCAGGAGAGCCAGCUCAGGCUCUACCCCAGCCUGCAGGGCAGAGGACCGAGGAUUUUCCCCUGUGCAGUGUGACCUGGCCCAGGGCAGCUGCUGGUGUGUCCUGGAGAGCGGAGACGAGGUGCCUGGGACCCGUGUGGCCGGGAGCCAGCUAGCCUGUGAGAGCCCCCAGUGCCCACUGCCAUUCAACACGUCGGAUGUGGCUGGUGGAGUGAUCCUGUGUGAGCGAGCCUCGGGCGCAGGAGGGGCCCCCGUCCAGCGGUGUCAGCUGCUGUGCCGCCCAGGCUAUCGGAGCGCCCUCCAGCCAGGGCCGCUGGUCUGCAGCCUCGAGGAAGGACGCUGGGUGUCCCGGGCGCCCCAGCCCCAGGCCUGCCAGCGGCCCCAGCUGUGGCAGACCCUCCAGACCCAAGGGCACUUCCAGCUCCGUCUCCCACCAGGCAAGAUGUGCAGCGCUGAGUACGCAGGCUUGCUGCUCGCUUUCCAGGUCUUCAUAUUAGACGAGCUGGUGGCCCGUGGCUUCUGUCAGAUCCAGGCAAAGACUUUUGGGACCCCCGUUCCCAUUCCUGUCUGCGACGGAUCCACGGUGCAGGUGGAGUGUCUGACCAGCGAGCGUUUAGGAGUGAAUGUCACAUGGAAGGUGCAACUGAAGGAUGUCCCACUGGCCUCUCUUCCUGAUUUGCAUGAUAUUGAGGAGGCCUUAGUUGGCAAGGAUCUCAUUGGACGCUUCACAGAUCUGAUCCAGAGUGGAGGGUUCCAGCUUCAUCUGGAUUCCAAGACAUUCCCUGCAGACACCUCCAUCUACUUCCUUCAAGGAGACCGCUUUGGCACCUCUCCCAGGACAUGGUUUGGGUGCUUGGAAGGAUUCCGCCAAGUCUUGGCUACCAGUGAUGCCACUCAGGACGCGUUGGGGUGCGUUAAAUGUCCUGAAGGAAGCUAUUUUCAGAAGGAGAUUUGUAUUCCCUGUCCUGUUGGAUUCUACCAAGAACAGGCAGGGAGCAUGGCCUGCAUCCCAUGUCCCAUGGGCAGAACGACCAUUUCCCCUGGAGCUUUCAGCCACAUGCACUGUGUCACUGAAUGUCAGAGGAGUGAGGCGGGCCUGCACUGUGACCAGGACGGCCAGUACCGAGCCAGCCAGAGGGACAGGGACAGCGGGAAGUCCUUCUGCGUGGACGGCGAGGGGCGGAGGCUGCUGUGGUCAGAGACGGAGUCUCCCCUCUCUGACUCCCAGUGUCUGAUGAUGCGGAAAUUUGAGAAGGCUCCAGAAUCUCAAGUGAUCCUCAGUGCCAAUGUCACUGUGGGGGGCGGGUCCAAAGUUCCUGGCUCUGAGUCCCCCCUGCUGCAGUGCUUCAUAGAUUGUGCUUUGGACGAGGCCUGCAGCUUCCUCACGGUGUCCACGGCGGGAUCAGAGGUCUCGUGCGAUUUCUAUGCUUGGACCAGUGACAACAUCGCCUGCGUGACUUCGGCUCAGCAUCAAGACACAUUGGGGAACUCAGAGGCCACCGGUUUCGGAAGCCUUAGGUGCCAGGUGACAGUGAGGAGCGGGGACUCUCCGGCUGUGUAUCUGAAAAAGGGCCAAGAGUUCACCACAACGAGUCAGAAGAGCUUCGAGCAAACGGGUUUCCAAAACACACUCUCCGGAAUGUACAGGCCUGUUGUGUUCCCAGCCUCAGGAGCCGAUCUGACGGGGGCUCAUCUCUUCUGUCUUCGGGCAUGUGACCGUGAUUCGUGCUGUGACGGCUUCAUCCUCGCCCAGGUCCAAGGAGGUCCCAUCAUCUGUGGGUUGCUGAGCUCCCCCAACGUCCUGCUUUGCAAUGUCAAGGACUGGAGGGACCCCGCUAAAGCCCAGGCUAAUGCCACAUGUCCUGGUGUGACGUACGACUGGGGGAGCCGCCAGGUGACGUUGCGUCUGGGAGGCCAGGAGUUCCAGAUUCCAGCAGCCGUGGAAGGAACUCCGGACACCGUUACCAGCUUCCAGCAGGUUUAUCUCUGGAAAGAUUCUGACAUGGGGUCCCGGUCUGAGUCUCUGGGAUGUAGAAGAGACAUGGAACCCAGGCCAGACUCUCCAACGGAAACAGAUUUGACGACAGAACUUUUCUCCCCUGUGGACCUUAACCAGGUCAUUGUCAAUGGAAACCGAUCCCUGCCCAUCCAGCAGCAAUGGCUUUUCAAACACUUGUUUUCACCUCAGCAGGCAAACCUGUGGUGCCUGUCUCGCUGUAUCCAAGAGCCCUCUUUCUGUCAGCUGGUGGAGAUAAAAGACAGUGCACCCUUGUAUUUCACCUGCACUCUCUACCCAGAGGCCCAGGUGUGUGACGAUGUCAUGGAGUCCAAUCCCAAGGGCUGCAGACUGAUCCUACCCCACAGGCCAAAGACCCUGUUCCGGAAGAAAGUUUUACUGAGAGAUAAAGUGAAGAACUUCUACACUCGCUUGCCAUUCCAAACACUGACGGGGAUUUCCAUUAGAAACAAAGUGCCCAUGUCUGAAAAAUCCAUUUCCAAUGGCUUCUUCGAAUGUGAACAGCUGUGUGAUGCCGACCCGUGCUGCACCAGCUUUGGCUUUCUCAAUGUUUCCCAGUUAAAAGGAGGAGAGGUGACAUGCCUAACUCUGAACAGCCUGGGACUUCAGACAUGCACUGAGGAAAACGGAGGAGCCUGGCGCAUUUUGGAGUGUGGCUCCUCUGACACGGAGGUCCGCACCUAUCCCUUUGGAUGGUACCAGAAACCUGUUGCUCAGAAUGAUGCUCCCAGUUUUUGCCCCUCGGUGGUUCUGCCUUCCCUCCCGGAGAAAGUCGCUCUGGGAUCAUGGCAGUCCCUGGCCCCCUCUGUAGUAGUUGUUGACCCGUCCUUCAGGAACUUCGAUGUUGCCCACAUCAGCACUGCUGCCACCAGAGACUUCUCUGAUGCCAGAGACUUCUGUUUGUUUGAAUGCUCCCGUCACCAGGCCUGCCUCGUCACCACUCUGCAGACCCGACCUGGUGCUGUGAGGUGUGUAUUCUAUGCUGAUGCCCAGAUCUGCACACACAGCCUGCAGGCCCAGAACUGCCGACUUCUGCUCCGUGAGGAGGCCACCCACAUCUACCGGAAGCUGAACAUCCCUCUGCUCAGCUUUGGGACACCAGCACCUUCUGUGACCAUUGCCCCCCACGGCCGGCUGCUGGGCAGGUCCCAGGCCAUCCAGGUGGGCACUUCGUGGAAGCAAGUGGAUCAGUUCCUGGGAGUUCCGUAUGCCGCCCCGCCCCUGGCAGAGAGCCGCUUCCAGGCACCCGAGCCCUUGAACUGGACAGGGUCCUGGGACGCCACCAAGCCACGGGCCAGCUGCUGGCAGCCAGGCACCACGGCGCCCGUGUCUCCCGGAGUCAGCGAAGACUGCUUGUAUCUUAACAUGUUUGUGCCUCAGAACGUGGCCCCCAACGCGUCUGUGCUGGUGUUCUUCCACAACACCAUGGAGGGGAGGGGGACUGACGGACAGCUGGCCAUUGACGGCUCCUUCCUGGCUGCUAUUGGCAACCUCAUUGUGGUCACUGCUGGCUACCGAGUGGGUGUCUUCGGCUUUCUGAGUUCUGGUUCUGGCGAGCUGAGUGGCAACUGGGGGUUGCUGGACCAGCGGGAGGCUCUGACCUGGGUGCAGACUCACAUCGGAGUGUUUGGUGGGGACCCUCGGCGCGUGACCCUGGCAGCAGACCGUGGCGGAGCUGACGUGGCCAGCAUCCACCUUCUAACCACCAGGGCUGCUGACUCCAGACUCUUCCGGAGGGUCAUGCUGAUGGGUGGCUCUCCGUUCUCCCCAGCUGCUGUCAUCAGCCAGGAGAGGGCUCAGCAGCAGGCAGCCGCUUUGGCAGAGGAAGUCAGCUGCCCCACCUCGUCCAUCCAAGAAAUGGUGUCCUGUCUCCGCCAGAAGCCUGCCAGUGUCCUCAAUGACGCCCAGACCAAGCUCCUGGCUGUGAGUGGCCCUUUCCACUACUGGGGUCCUGUGGUUGAUGGCCAGUACCUCCGAGAGGCUCCAGUCAGAGCGCUUCAGAGGGCUCCGCGGACGAAGGUCGAUCUGCUGAUUGGGAGUUCUCAAGAUGACGGGCUCAUCAACAGAGCAAAAGCCGUGAAGCAAUUUGAGGAAAGUCAAGGCCGGACCAGUAGCAAAACAGCCUUCUACCAGGCGCUGCAGAACUCGCUGGGCGGUGAGGACGCGGACGCCGGCGUGCAGGCGGCAGCUACGUGGUAUUACUCCGUACAGCACUCGGCCGACGAGUACGCCUCCUUCUCCCGGGCCCUGGAGAACGCCACCCGGGACUACUUUAUCACCUGUCCCAUAAUCGACAUGGCCAGCCACUGGGCAAGGAGGGCCCGAGGGAAUGUCUUCAUGUACCACGCUCCCGAAAGCUAUGGCCACAGCAGCCUGGAUUUGCUGGCAGAUGUUCAGUAUGCCUUUGGGCUUCCCUUCUACCCUGCCUACAACGGUCAGUUUACUCUGGAGGAGAAAGGCCUGUCACUGAAAAUCAUGCAGUUCUUUUCGAACUUCAUCCGAUCGGGGAAUCCCAACUACCCGCACGAGUUCUCUAGGAAAGCCCCUGAGUUUGCAGCCCCCUGGCCUGGCUUCGUCCCACGGGCCGGUGAGGAGAACUACAAGGAGCUCAGCGUCCUGCUCCCCAACGGGCAUGGCCUCAAAAGCACUGACUGCUCCUUCUGGUCCAAGUACAUCCCGUCUCUGAAGGCGGCGGCGGCGGCAGAUGAAGCCAAGCACGGGCUGUCAGCAGAGAGUGAAGAGGACGACGGGCCAGUUAACUCUGGGCUGGUGGGAGAGCCAGGCUCCAAGAGCUACAGCAAGUGA